AUGGCAAACGCCGCCGCCGGGGAACGCGAGCCUCGGGGCAGGUCAGGCCCACGCCCCAGAGCGCUUUCCGAGGACUUUGAUGACGACGAUGACUUUGGCUCGACCUCAAGACAUCUAGAGGCUUUUGGGCGAAAAGUCACCGCGACCGCAAACCACCUCAUCGGCCCGCUGGGAGAAGCCGGCGUCAGCCAGCACUACCACAAUGCUCUCGGCGAGAUCCACCGCGAGCUACGGCGGCCUGGUAUACAACGGUCCGUCUUCAACCUCGCGCAGGCUACACCAAGAGAACUUGUGCGCUCCAAACUGUCCGUCUCCGAGAUCCAACAACGCGCCUUGACCUAUCUCCCCGACGAACUCCUCGCCGAUAUACCGGAUUCCAGCCCGACAUACUCGCUUUUCCAAGGGUUUCAGGCUACCGUACCGGAGGAAGAAGAAAAAGCACAAAAGAAGAGGCACGGACCGCGUCAUAACUCGAAAGGGCAGCGCUUGAUUGGCGGCCAGGACACGGAUGAUGAGAAUGUGCCGCCGUCGCUGCAAAAACUGAAGAACGAGAAGUCUGGUUUGGCUCAUCGCCUGGAAAUGAUGAGUGUGCGGAAAAACAUGUGCAGCACAGAAAUUCGGGAAAUUGACAACAAGAUUUACAACCUGAAUACAAUGCGCAAGAUAGUCCUCGACAGGCUUGCGACGUUAGAGGACGAGGAAGCGGAGCUUGAGCAUGAGCUGAACGACGUGGAGAACAAACUUGAGGACAUGCAGGAGGAGCUUGAGGACCAGGCUGCUCUGUCGCAAAAGUCUCCGGUAACGCCGGUCGCACCCGAUUCGGACCACAGCAACGAGGGCUCUCCUGGAUUUAUGUCGGAGUCUAUUUAUGAGAAGCUGCCAUCGCGGUCUCCCAGGACUGGCAGGAAACGGAAGACUCACCGACGGAUAUCCAUGCCUGUCCUGCAUGAGCACCUGGAGCCGGGCUCUAAGAUCAAGGAGCUUGCCGGGCAUACGGACAUGGUGACUGCUUUGGAUUUUGACAUGCCUUUCGGAACCAUGGUGACUGCGGCCUUGGACGACACGGUGCGCGUUUGGGAUCUGCACGCUGGGCGUUGUAUGGGAAUGCUGGAUGGCCAUCUGUCAUCCGUCCGCUGCCUUCAAGUCGAGGAUCACAUCGUCGCGACUGGAUCUAUGGAUGCAACUAUCCGUCUUUGGGAUUUGAGCCGCGCCGAAUACGCUCCCCGCGAUAACCGCAUCAACAAGGAUGGGGAGGAGGACGACGAGGAUGCAUUGGGGUUCGAGAACCCUGAAGAUGCCCCGCCGCCGCCACCGCCGACUAGCAUGCAGGAGUGCCCGCUGUUUACUCUCGAUGCACAUGUUGCGGAGGUCACAGCUUUGCACUUUAGGGGUGAUACCCUUGUGUCAGGCUCGGCUGAUAAGACUCUGCGCCAGUGGGAUCUGACCAAGGGGCGAUGCGUGCAAACGUUGGAUGUGCUUUGGGCAGCUGCUCAGGCAUCGUCCACCAUGGCGCCGACGGACGGGUGGCGGCAAACAGGGCGCGUGCCGGAUGCGUCUGCGGAUUUUGUUGGCGCCGUGCAGUGCUUCGAUGCGGCUUUGGCGUGCGGUACUGCAGACGGCAUGGUUCGUCUGUGGGAUCUCAGGAGCGGCCAGGUUCACAGGAGCCUUGUAGGCCACACCGGCCCAGUGACGGCCCUGCAGUUCGACGAUGUGCACUUGGUGACUAGCAGUCUUGACAGGAGUAUUCGGAUUUGGGAUCUCCGGACUGGAUCGAUUUUCGAUGCGUAUGCGUACGACAACCCGGUCACAAGCAUGGCGUUCGACACCCGGAGAAUCGUGGCGGCAGCGGGUGAGGAUGUGGUCAAGGUGUAUGACAAGACGGACGGUAGACAUUGGAAUUGCGGACCUGGAGCAGUGGAGGAGGAACCGCCGGCGCCGCUUUCGACCAUCGAAAAGGUCCGCAUCAGGGAAGGAUACUUGAUCGAAGGCCGCAAAGAUGGCGUUGUUGGUGUUUGGUCGUGUUAA